UGAUUAGCGCGUCAUCGGAGCGAGUGCCAGCGAGGAAUCGAGCGAUCACCCUUUGCCCUUUGGUCAUGGGUAUAUAACUCCUCGCACUCCCCCUUUCCUCUCCACACCGACAUAUUUAUUCCCACCCUUACUUCCCACCUCUCUUCUACAUACAAGGCCCUUUCUUUCUCAAACUGUUCUCCACAAACACCUUACGCAACAUCGUCAGAAUGUCUUCCAAAGCCUCCGCCAGCGCCGCCGAACUCGGUAUUCAGAAGGACAAGAUGUUGUACGUCUCCGCGUUCCUCAAAAGUCGAUCGUCCUCCCUCGCCAUUGUCAUCUACGUACCCUUGGUCUAUUCUGUUUUUGCCUUUGGCUCGACUCGACGUUGAUGCUGGCUUGGUAUGUGUGACUGACGUAGCAAUCCCGAGGGCACCGGGAUGAUUUUCCGAAACUUUGGAAAGACCGGUCUUCGUGUCCCUGUCUUCUCCAUGGGAGGAUGGCUCACUCUGGGAGGAACUCAGAAGGGGGACGUCGUCAAGGACAUCAUGACCACCGCUUGGGACAACGGUAUCAACUUCUUCGACACCGCUGAGGGAUACGCCGAAGGAAACUCCGAAGUCGAGAUGGGCCGAGUCCUCCACGAGAUGGGCUGGCAACGAUCCGAUUACAUCAUCUCGACCAAAAUCUUCUUCGGUACCGGCCGAAAAGAACUCAACUCCCGAGGGUUGAGCAGGAAACACUUGGUCGAAGGGUUGAACUAUAGUUUGAAGAGGUUGGGUUUGGACUAUGUCGAUGUGGUCUUUGCGCACCGACCGGAUACGACUGUACCUAUGGAGGAGACUGUCAGGGCGUUUGAUCAUUUGGUCAACACUGGCAAGGCCUUUUACUGGGGUACCUCCGAGUGGACCGCCCAGCAGAUCCAGGAAGCUCACGCCAUCGCCGACAAGCUCAACCUGAUCGGACCUACCUGCGAACAACCCCAGUACUCGAUGUUGCACAGGGAGAAGUUCGAGGUCGAGUACAAGCCUCUGUUCGAGGGACACAAGGGGUUGGGAACUACGAUCUGGAGUCCUUUGGCUAGCGGUUUCUUGACCGGAAAAUACAACUCUGGAGAGGUCCCCAAGGAUUCCCGAUACGCAACCAACCCCGAGUUCUUCAAGGAUACCGUGGAAAAGCUCAAGAGCCCCGAGACUCAGGCAAAGAUCGAAAAGAUCAGGAAGUUGACGGAUAUCGCCGAGAAGGAGUUGGACUGCACGAUGACCCAUUUGGCUUUGGCUUGGGCUAUCAAGAACGAAAACGUCUCGACCUGUAUCCUCGGAGCUUCCAAGCCCGAGCAAGUGUCGGACAACUGCAAGGCCCUCAAGGUCUUGCCCAAGCUCACUCCCGAGAUUAUGGAGAAGAUCGAAAAGGUCUUGGAGAACAAGCCUGCUCAGCCCGCCCAGUUCGGACGAGAGAACUACACAUUCUAAGCGUCGUUCUGCCGGAACGAGUAGGAUCUGUCUUGUAGCUGUCUAGUCUCGUCGUAACGCCCUUUGUGCGAAGUCAAAAUCAAUUGGUUCUUUGUUAGUGGGCCCGA